UCCGGUUUAAUGAUUAACGGGCCGCCUUGUCACUCUAACUGCCAUGACAUCCAGUUACAGCAGUUUGUUGUCAGCUGGCGUGUCGCUGAGACGUGCAGGAUAAACCCUCCGCUGACAGCCGCGACAUGAACGGUCACACAUGCUGCAGCCCAGCGCAGUCCAGGUGUUCCACCAUGAAUAAGCUGGACAACAGUGCCCAGAAGAAGGAUGGAGGACAAUUCUCAGCAACACAACACAAAGACACUCAUAAAAGUCGCCAUCCACACUUCCACAGCGAUUUAAACUGCCCGGUGUGCCUUCAGACCGCCACUUCACCCUUCGAAACCAACUGCGGACACUUAUUUUGUGGUUCCUGUCUUAUCGAGUACUGGAAACAUGACCCAUGGAUGGGAGCCAUCAGUUGUCCCAUCUGCAGGCAAAAGGUCCAUUACCUCUGCAACAUUUGUGACGUCCAACAAGAUAAGAUGAACAGAGCGAUGCUACAAGAUAUCAGACAUUACAAUAAUCGCUUCUCUGGCAAACCUCGACCUCUCACAGAUUACCUGUACGACCUGCCAUUAUUACUGCACCUUGCCCUGAGAAGGGUCUUCACCAUGGGUGGACUCGUGGGGAUCUUCUUUAUCAGGCUGGCGGUCUGCUCCUUCGGGGCCAUCACGUUCUUGUCUUCACCAUUCGCUGUUGUCCCUGACCCCCUGUGUGGAAUCCUCAGCACCAUCGAUGACCUUGUUGUGGUAUUUCUUCUACUUAUCUCCAUGAUAAACAUCAGCCAGCAGUUCCGGUCGGAAGGAAUGACUAUGGUCCAGACUGCCGCUCAGAGCAUUUUGUCCGAGUCUUGACCAGAGAC